AGUAUCCAAUUCGGUGCGAUCAUAUUAUGUAAAAAUUACUUUACAUUUUUAGACUAUUUAAAUGUAUAAUAGCUAAUAGUUAUAAUAGACUACUCUUAAUGUUUUUUAUUGUUUAAUAACCAAUUUUGAAAUAAUUCUAGAAAAAUAAAAUAAUAUUUAAAACAUGUCAAGAAUAAUAAGAGUAGUGAAGGAAACUUUUAGAAAAUAUCCAAUGAUAGCUAAUUCAACUGUCUAUGGUACAAUGUGUGUCGGAGCUGAAUUUUCACAACAAAUAUUGACCAAACGGAUUUUGAAUAAAACCGAACCACAAGAACCAAUUGACACAGAAGUGUUAGGACGAUAUGCCAUAGUGGGCACUUUAAUUAGUCCUAACAUUUUAUACUUUUGGUAUAAAUGGCUGGACAAAGCAUUUGUGGGUACUGCGCCAAAAAUUAUUGUUAAAAAAUUAUUAAUCGAUCAAUUUAUAAUGACUCCGCCAUUUUAUGUAGUAUUUUUCGUUACUAUGAGUCUCUUAGAGGGUAAAAAAAAUCUAUUUGAAGAAUGCAGACAGAAGUUCAUUCCUACAUUUAAAACUAGUUGUGUGUUUUGGUUGCCAGCACAAGCUAUUAAUUUCAUGUUGGUGCCACCGGCUGCCCGUGUAAUUUAUGUUGGAACGUGUUCAUUUGUAUGGAUAAAUAUGUUAUGCUGGAUCAAAAGACAUGAUUACAAUGCGAUUAAAGAAGAAUAAUUAAUUAAAUUGCACAAAAUCUGGUAGAAAAUAUUAAUCACCUAUCAGUUAUAUGUUAAUUUUAUUAGUUUUUAAGUUGCUAUAGUGUAAGACUGUUUUUUAUUGAUGAAAACAAUAGAAUGAAUAAAAUUAGACAUUAGAAUUUUA